AUGAUUGCGGUAGAAACGGAUGAAACGCACGCACGCACGAGGAAGCGGGAGAGACCACCGGCUACAUGCAUAAAUGGAGGCGCGCCUGCGUUUCUUCCAUCCCCACCAUCACCGGCCGCUUCACUGCACUGCAAACUGACCCCGGCCCGGCCAGCCCCCUUCGCCUUCCCCUUCUCGCCCCGGCCGGCCAUGUCGCCCGUCAAGGCCGAGGACCUGGUGCCGCACCCCUGCAAGGAGCAGUUCGGCGGCCUCGACUACUGCAUCACCAGCCCGCCGCCAUGGAUCACCACGGUGGUCGUGGCGUUCCAGCACUACCUGGUGAUGCUCGGCACCACCGUCAUCAUCGCCACCAUCCUCGUCCCCCUCAUGGGCGGCGGCCAUGAGGAGAAGGCGAUCGUGAUCCAGACCAUCCUCUUCCUCGCCGGGAUCAACACGCUCCUGCAGGUGCACUUCGGCACGCGGCUCCCCGCCGUCAUGGCAGGCUCCUACACCUACAUCUACGCCGCCGUCGCCAUCAUCAUCAGCCCGCGAUACGUCCUCUUCAUCGGAGCCCCCUUCGAGAGGUUCGUCUACACCAUGCGGUCGCUCCAGGGCGCGCUCAUCAUCGCCGGCGUCUUCCAGGCCGUCAUCGGCUUCUUCGGCAUAUGGAGGGUCUUCAUAAGGUUCCUGAGCCCCCUCGCCGCUGUCCCCUUCGUCACGCUCUCCGCGCUCGGCCUCUUCUACUUCGCCUUCCCAGGGGUCGCCAAAUGCAUCGAGAUCGGUCUCCCGGCGCUCAUUCUGCUCAUAAUAUUCUCAGAGUACGCAUCCCAUUACUUUGCCAAAGGGAGCUUCGUGUUCGGCCGAUGCGCGGUGCUGGUGACGGUGAUCAUCGUGUGGAUCUUUGCCGAGAUACUGACGGCGGCCGGCGCGUACGACGAGAGGAACCCCGUGACGCAGUUCAGCUGCCGCACCGACCGCUCCGGCCUCAUCCACGCGGCACCCUGGGUCAGGUUCCCUUACCCGUUCCAGUGGGGGUACCCCAUCUUCUGCGCACAGGACUGCUUCGCGAUGAUGGCCGCUUCCUUCGCGUCUCUUAUAGAGUCUACCGGCACCCUAAUUGCCGUGUCAAGAUACUCAGGCGCGACAUUCGUCCCACCUUCAGUUUUCGCUCGUGGAAUUGGUUGGCAGGGUAUAUCUAUCAUACUAGAUGGGAUGUGUGGCACGUUGACAGGCACAGCAGCUUCAGUUGAGAACUGCGGUCUACUGGCCUUGACGCGAGUUGGAAGCAGACGAGUCAUCAAGAUUUCAGCUUUGUUCAUGAUCUUCUUCUCGCUGUUUGGAAAAUUCGGUGCAAUCCUUGCAUCUAUCCCAUUGCCAAUUUUCUCUGCACUUUACUGCGUUCUCUUUGCUUAUUCAGCUGCUGCAGGCCUCUGCUACCUUCAAUACUGCAACCUUAACACCCUGAGAACCAAGUUCAUACUCUGCAUCUCCUUGUUCCUGGGACUAUCCAUACCGCAGUACUUCCGGGAGUUCGAGACAUUCUACGGCUUUGGACCAGCUCACACACGUUCACUGGCGUUCAAUGUCAUUGUCAAUGUGAUAUUCUCCUCGCCCGCGACUGUUGCUGCCAUACUUGCCUACCUUCUGGACUGCACGCACCUCUACUGGGAACCCCAUGUGAGGAGGGACAGGGGCUGGCUGUGGUUGGAGAAAUUCAAGUCCUACAGGCAUGAUGGGAGAAGCGAGGAGUUCUACGCUCUGCCGUAUGGUAUGAGCAAGUACUUCCCCUCACUUUAGGAGAAGUAACGAUGCGAGGAUGAAGUGGUGGGAAGUAGAAAAUAGACGGUGAUUCAGGGGAUCAUCUGUAUAUGCAGCAAUAUGUGACGUUUCGAUUCUAGCUUGUAAAACAUUUCGGGUGGGGCAUACUUACUGUGAUAUUCGGAUGAGGAUACUGCCAUCAUCAACCAAGGGGAGCUAGCAAUGCUUCUACACCAGUUUUGCUUCGAUCUUGUCUCUGACUUGAAGCAGCAGAACACACCUUGUAGCUUGAUUUUAGCUCUGACAGGAAACAGCAGAAUGUAUACCUUUCAUGAGGGAAUUGAAUCGAGGAAACAGGCAUCAGUCAGUAAACA